AAGAAAAACAACCAUCGGGACAAGAGGCAAGUCAAUGGCUUACCCCUGAUUUAUCCUUACGGAGGAACUUAUAAGCUUCUCAUUGGUUUUACAAUGCCAGUGAAAACAACGGACUUCGUCAACCUUUAUUUCACGGCCAACUUCCAGUACCAAUAUCUGCAGUUCACCAACGUCUCUGCUCUUUCUCGGUAUUACUUCAUUAAGGAAGUGUCGAGGGAACAACGGGAGGUGGUUAUGAAGAAUCAAAGAGAUGAGAGAAUUGUAUUUUAUGAGUCUCUUGCUGAUUGGCUGAAUAGACAAGGAGUGACCGGCAAGCAAUGUGUGCUUCGUGCGAUCUGUGAGGCUGCGCAGUAUCCCGUCGAAAAGGAAGGAUUGAUCGGUGAACUUAUACACAUUUUACUUACCCCAGACUAUGGUCACUUAGAAGAUGAAGAUGAGGACUGGAAAGAAACGAUGGCUGUAUACAUCGACGCUGCAACGGCUGGGAGACAGAUGUUCAGUUGUUUGUCUAUCUACAGUGAAUGUCCAGAAGGACAAGGGCUUAUGGAGCUCGUUACUAAGCUCGGAGAUCAAUAA